AUGUCCGUAAUCAUUGUGGCUGCCGUGCUCGGAGUCACGUUGCUCUGCUUCACACUGUACAUGCUCGGACACCACCGGGCGCAACGCUCCCAGAUUCAAGCGUCAAAAGUUAUAGGGUCAAUUCAACUAGGAAUAGGUUACGCUGUUGGCAGUUUGGCGUCGAAACCAGAGAGAAAUCUACUGAUCCGGGACUUUGCUGUAAUAGAGUCAAUAUUCUUACCUGGAGAGGGAAGCAAUGUCACACCAGCUCACCACUACAGCGACUUCAAAUUUAAGGCGUACGCUCCGGUCGCCUUCCGAUACUUCAGGGACCUAUUUAGCAUAAAUACUCAAGAUUUUUUGAUGUCGCUGUGCCACGAACCCUUGAGGGAGCUCUCAAACCCUGGUGCAAGUGGGAGCGCGUUUUACCUCACCAGCAACGACGAGUUCAUCAUCAAAACAGUUCAGCACAAGGAAGCCGAGUUCUUGCAGAAUCUGCUUGCAGGUUACUACAUGAAUCUGAACCAUAAUCCACGAACACUGCUGCCCAAGUUCUAUGGUCUCUACUGCUACCUAUGCGGUGGCAAAAGCGUGCGCGUCGUGGUGAUGAACAACCUGCUGCCCUCGGUGGUGCCCAUGCACCAGAAGUACGACCUGAAGGGCUCCACCCUGAAGCGCAAAGCGAGCAAGCACGAGCGCAGCAAGCGCUCCCCGACCUUCAAGGACCUCGAUUUUCUCGAGCAGCAUCCCGACGGCAUUCUGCUCGAGGCCGACACGUAUAACGCUCUCAUCAAGACUAUCCAGAGGGAUUGCCAGGUAUUGGAGAGCUUCAAAAUAAUGGACUACAGCCUCCUCAUAGGCAUUCACAACAUCGACCAGGCGGCAAAGGAACAAAUAGAGCGGCAGCCUCAGGGUGUGAAGGAUGAAGUGAAACUCAUUUCACCUGGUUCAGAAGAAGGCUCCAGCAUCAAAACAGCAGGACCUGGGAUGAAACAGAGUAAGUCCGCAAACCGGCAACGGCUGGCGAACUUCUCGACUGCCAUGGAAUCAAUCCAGGCUGAUGUAGAGCCAAUUGAUCAUGACGAAGAUGUUCCAACCGGUGGCAUCCCGGCGAAGAACUCCAAAGGAGAGCGGCUACUCUUGUUCAUUGGAGUCAUCGACAUUCUGCAAAAUUACCGCCUCUUGAAAAAGCUUGAGCACACUUGGAAGUCCACGUUUUAUGACAAGGACUCCAUAUCAGUGCAGAUGCCCAGCUUUUAUGCAGAACGGUUUCAAGACUUUUGUCCAGAAAGGUCUUCAGGAAGAUUAUCUCUCGUGACAGUGUGUGCAUGUGACAGUGACAGUGCGGCCAUGGUUUAG